AUGCUUCACCCAAUUCUUGAUCUGAGCAGCUUCAACGACUAUUCAUUCUUGCUUUCGGGUUCAUUUCCAUCAAACUCAAGCAACAAUGGUAUCUUGGUGAAGCCUGUACGUUUUACGCGAUUUGCUGAAGCAACGCUCGCUGACCAUUCAGUGCCGUCGUUUGUGGUCGGCGCGCUGCUAGGCCCAUUCUGUGCUGGCCUCAUCGAUGUCAAUCGGUGGGUCGGGAAGGAUGAUGUGGGUGACGCUGCAUACGCUCUCACUCGUCUUGUGAUUGGCAUCCAAAUGGUCAAGGUUGGCUAUGAGCUGCCGAAACGAUACCUUCGGUUACGACUGGUCGAGUUGACAAUCUGCCUGCUUCCCUUGAUGACGCUGCAGUGGCUACUCACAUCUUCGUGCAUUUUGUUGAUGAUACCCCACAUAUCUUUCCUAACCGCGUUGAUCAUCGGAUCUUGUGUGAUCUGCAUCGACCCGGUUCUAUCUCAGGCCAUUGCAAAAGGCCCUACGUUCGUCGACACCUGCGCGAGUUCAUCUCAGCUGAGGCCGGAGGAAAUGAUGGCUUUGGAUUCCCCUUUUUUAAUAUUAUCGAUCGCUCUCCUACGCUACGCCGAUUCGCCAGCUAAUGAAAUAUCCAAACGCGAUUGGAUUGGAGAGAAGGACACCGGGCGGUUUGGAGGGGAUGUCAGUCGUGCGCUGGCACACUGGGCUGUGGAGGGCGUGCUAUACAUGAUAAUCAUGGGCUCUGGUUAUGGAUUACUUGUGGGAUUUCUCGGUCGAAAGGGUAUUAAUUUGGCUUCUAAACGAAGAUGGGUCGACAGGGAGAGCUUCUUUUUGUUCCCAGUCGCUAUUGGGAUGUUUGUUGUCGGCACAUGUGGGUGUUUCGGAUCCGACGAGACGUUGGCCUGUUUUAUCGCCGGAUGCGCAUUGAAUUGGGAUGGAUUAUACCAUUCCGAGAUUGAAGCCCGGCACGACUCUUUCAACAACUCCAUUGAGAUGGUUCUCAACUUUGCGACUUUCAUGUUUAUCGGCGCAGUUAUGCCUGGGACCAGCUGCAUCUUCCACAAGUCACCGGAAUCACUGUCUCACGACUCGUUACGCUGGGUAUUCUGGUGGUUCUAUUCCGCCGCAUUCCAGCCGUUCUAA